CCCACGACGUCGGAUGAGACGGUGGUGGCUGGCGGUACGGUGGUACUCAAGUGCCAGGUGGAAGAUCCUGAUGACUCCUCACUGCAGUGGUCCAACCCUGCCCAGCAGACCCUCUACUUUGGGGAGAAACGAGCCCUGCGAGAUAACAGAAUUCAGCUGGAGAAGUCCACACCAAAUGAGCUGACCAUCAGCAUCAGCGAUGUGGUGCUCUCCGAUGAGGGAGAAUACACCUGCUCCAUCUUCACCAUGCCCGUGCGGACUGCCAAGGCCCUCGUCACCGUGCUAGGAGUCCCGCAGAAACCCCAAAUCUUUGGCCACGAGCAGCCCAUCGAUGAAGAGAAGGUAGCCCGGCUGACCUGCCGCUCCUCUGGCAGCAAGCCUGCAGCCCAGCUCCGGUGGAGGAAGGGCAACAAGGAGCUGAAGGAUGAAGGCACUGAGGUGGCAGAAGACUCUAAUGGGAAGACCUUCACUGUGAGCAGUCGGGUGGAGUUCCGUGUCACCAAAGAGGACAACGAUGCUGAAGUGACCUGUACUGUGGACCACGAGUCCCUGCAGAACACAGAGAGGUCAACCACACAGAAGCUGCAGGUCCACUACAAGCCAACAGCAAAGAUCGAGCCGCAUCCCCAGUACCCGCGGGAAGGCGAGAAGCUCCGGCUGCAGUGCGACGGGCAGGGCAACCCCGUCCCCCAGGAGUUCCUGUGGGAGAAGGAAGGCAGCGACACCCCGCUGCAGCUGAGCUCCGACAGCGUCCUCUUCUUCCCCUUCCUCAACAAGAGCGACAGCGGCACCUACGUCUGCACAGCCACCAGCUCCAUGGGCAGCGUCGUGGCCAAGUACAACCUGGACGUCAGUGACCUCUACAGAAAGGUGUUUGUCUUCCGGAAGGACCCCAGCGAUGCCUACGUGCUCCUAAAGGCGCAGACCGAGCAGCCGCUGCACAACUUCACCCUGUGCCUGAGGUCCUACACGGACCUCACCCGGCCCUACAGCCUCUUCUCCUACGCCACCAAGGCCCAGGACAACGAAAUCCUCCUCUUCAAGCCCAAGCCCGGCGAGUACCGGCUCUACGUGGGGGGCAAGUUCGUCACCUUCCGCACGCCGGAGGGCCGCUGGGACUGGGAGCACGUGUGCGCCAGCUGGGAGUCGGCCACCGGCCUCACCGAGUUCUGGUUCAACGGGAAGCCGUGGCCGCGCAAGGGGCUGCAGAAGGGCUACGCCGUGGGCGCCGAGGCCGUGAUCCUGCUGGGGCAGGAGCAGGACGCCUACGGCGGCGGCUUCGACCCCUACAACUCGUUCACGGGCGAGCUGGCCGACGUCUACCUGUGGGACGUGGGGCUCUCGCCCGACAAGAUGAGAGCCGCCUAUCAGUCCCUGCGGCUGCCGCCCGCCGUGCUGGCUUGGAAGAGCUUGAGCUACGAAAUGAAGGGGGACGUGGUGGUGAAAGCCAGGCUGCGGGAGGCCCUGGUGCUCUAGGAAGGGGUC